AUGGUUUGCUGCCCCUCGGGCUCUGAGCCUUACUUGGCGGCGGAGUUCCAAACCCGCGGGCAAGAGGGAGAUGCGCAGGGUGUGGGCUACUACGUGGUAGGCGAGGGCAGCCGCACGGCAAUCUUGUUCCUUCCGGACAUCUGGGGUUGGAACGGCGGCCGCACCCGUGCCCUGGCCGACACCCUGGCGGCCGACUUGCAGACGUCGGUGUGGAUCCCGAAGAUCUUGGAGCCUUACCAGGGUGGCACCGAUGGGGACGGGCUACCACCGGCCUUUGACAUGGUCUCCCGAAGGGCCGAGAUUGCGCCGGACAGGUUCAAAGGGCCAUGGCAUCCAAGCAAAACGCUGCCGAAGGUGCUGAAAGUCGUUGACGCCAUGCGACAAUCCGGUGUGAAACGGUUCGGCGUCCUUGGCGUCUGCUAUGGCGCUUGGGUGGGCUUCCACCUGGCCAAAGCCGUGCCUUCCUGGGAGCUGAUCUGCGGGGCCUCACCGCAUCCCAGCCUUCACAUGGAGGGCGUGGUGGGAGGAGAUCCGGCGGCCUUGGCUUCGGAGAUCCGAUGUCCAUGGGCCUUCUUCCCCUGUGGGGAAGUAGGGAAAGACGGAGCGGAUCCACCCAUUUACGAUGCGGAAGGGGACGUCUUCCGGGCACUGGAAGCACGCUUUCCAGGAAAGAAUGUGACAAAGAGGUAUCGCACCGUCCGGCAUGGAUUCUUCGCCCGCGGUGCAAUCAAAGACGGUCAGUUCAAGGCAGGCGAUGGCGAUCAAGUGAAGAGAGCAGUGGCAGAAUGCGUGUCAGACGUGUCCUCGUUCUUCCGGAAGAGAGGCCUCUUCAGGGCGGAUGCGCGCAGCUAUCUUCGAAUGAUCUGCUGGUGUUGCUGCUAG